AUGAUGAUUAAUGGGGCUCUUGAUAUCCGACAUGACGGAUCCUCUUUGAGUAGCAGGGGUGGUAACGAAAGAGAUCCAUUAAAUUUAAAUGCUUUAAUACAACAGAAAAAACAAAAGACAUCUCAGACCGAAAGUAUUAAUCUACCUAAAUCAAGUAAUAAUAAUUCGUCGAGUGAAGAUGUUACUAUUGAAAUCAUGUUACCACCAAAUACAAGAGAUCCAUUGAAACUAGAUGAUCAACGACCAAAUUUAUCAUUAUCAGCGACAUCGAAGAGAAAGGAUGUAACUCCGUUUAGAAAACGUCGUUAUAGACAAAUAAGUCAGUCUUAUUCGAAUCGUAAUCAUUUUGUUACAAGUCCAUUUAUUCCUCCUCACAUCAGUCACAUGGCAAGUAUUGCUCCAUUUGCUAAGUAUAUUUCUCCGCCCAUUCGUCCUCUGCUAUCGGUUCAAACAUCAUUACCAAACUCGGUUAACAAUCAUUCCAAUUUAUGUAGUCCAUCAUUUAGGUUCGGUACUCAAUAUUAUAAUCAAAAUCGUGCCAACCCAACUGGAUUUCCUGUUUCACUACCAUAUAAUAACAACAAUAACAGACAAAAAUAUGGUAAUAGUUUUCGCACUGCAUUUUAG